AGAGGCGUUUUCAGUGAAUCCUUUUUCCCAAGAGUGUCUCACAAAUCGGGAAUAAAUAAAAGUUAAAAAAAAAACAUUGAUAAUAAAAACAAAUAGUUAUUGUAUGAAAUUAACGAUAAUGAUUUAAAUUAAAUUUAAAUGGGAUUUCUUUUUUUUGGAUUACAAGUUUAAAAAAUUAAAAAAAAAUAAUAAAAUAAAAAAAAGUGUAAUUUUCUAUUUUCUAAUUAAAAACAACUUCCUUUUCUUUGCGCUUACAAGUUUGAAAUCGAAUUAGAACAAAUGGUUAAAGGAAGAUCAUGUGAGAUUGGUGAAUUAUAGUAAUAAUAAAAAAGAUCAACUACAAAAAAAAGGAAACAUAACAUAAAACAUCUACAAAAAUUGCUUUCUUAAAAAACAGAAACAGACAAAGGCAUAUUUCAUUCAAAACUUUACGAUUCAUUAGAAAAUGCCACGGAAGAAAUUUGCGUGUAACGAAGAAAAUGACACAAACAUGAAACUUUUUUGUGAUCAAUCCAACAAUCACAUGAAAGUUCGAAAGUAUGACAAGGCGUUAGUUGGUUAUACGUGGGCCUUAGAACUUAAUAAGACCGAUGUCAAUGCUUUAGUGGCACGAAGCAAAUGCUAUCUUUUACUAGGAGAAGCUUCUAAGGCCUUAAACGAUGCUGAAAUGGCCUUGAAUGAAGAACCCAACAACAUGAGGGCAAUAUAUCAAAAAGCCGAGUCACUCUACUAUUUAGGUCAAUUCGAACAAAGUUUAAUGUUCUUCCAUCGUGUUCUGAGAGCAAGGCCAGAAUUAGAUCUUAUUCGUUUAGGUGUACAGAAAACACAAGAAGCAAUACAUAAUACUAUUGGUAAUUCAAAGAAAGUUAAACCAUUGAAAAAAUCAGUUGAAACUAUUCCACCAAAAUCCAAAUCAAGUUGUAAGGCUUCUCAGAAAAAAACAAAUCCAAAAGAAAUGGAUAAAAAAGUGUCGAGGAAGUUAUUGGGAGAGCUAAGAGUUGAUAGGGAAUAUCUCGAAAAUCUUCUGAAUCAUCCAGAUCUUAAAAAGGGAACCUCGUCAACGGAAAAUGUUUCUAAUUUAGCAAAAGAAGCCAUACAUUUUUUGGAUAAAAGAGAAGAAUUUUGGCGACAGCAAAGACCGUGUUCAGUUCUUUUAAGUCACAAGAAUAUUCCACAAGAUGCGGUACCGUAUUGGUUUUAGAUUAUUCAAUAUAUUAUUUUGAAUUUUAAGUUGUUGAAUAUAAUAUUAUGUAUGUAUUUGUAUAUGUAUGUACAUAGAAGAAAACAUUUUAAGAUUUAACUUUAUUUUAUCAACUUCUCAAACUAUAAUGAAGAGUUUAUGUACAAGUAAACAAGUAUUCAUAUGCCAUUUAUCUAAAUUUAUUCACAUAUUUAUUGGAAAAAAAAACUUGUAUUUAGAUUAAAUUUAUAGAAAGUUGUAAGAAAUAAAAAAAGUCAAAGAAAGUAUGGAGUCAUAAAAGGAUAUGUACCUCUACAUGUCAACGAUUCAUGAUUCAAUAAUUUAGUUUGGGGUAAGUUCACGGCGACCUAGAGUUAUGUAUGUAUAUGUAUAUUUUGCCUCCUUUUAUAACUGGAAUUUUGCAGUUCUUCCUCAAAG